CUGCAGGUAUCAACAGGAUGACUUCCUUUACAGGUUCGUUCCUCUUCCUCAGCUUCACGUUUUCCUUCUUUGGACUCGUUGAUCCCACCGCCCUUAAAGUCCGGAUCACCAACCACGCCUUGAACAUGUUGAGAGACGAAGCUGUUGCCAUGUUUCAGGAGCAAGUGGAAGGAAAAGUGUUUGAAGGUUUCCAGAUUUUGAAUUGUAGAGUCAGCAAUGUGAGGUUAACUGGGGUCAACGUCAAUCAAGCUCAUCUUUCGUUCGUGGAGAACUAUGGCUUCCAGUUCGUGAUUCAGAACUUCGGCUUUACCUUGAACUUUGACACCACCUCUAAUCUUUGUCUCUUUCAAUUAAGGAUGUCCCCAGAAUUCAUCCUUACAGGCGCAGCCGCCAACAUGGAGGUUGGUCUGGUCAGAAAUCAAAAUGGAGGGCUGGCAGCUGACAUGAGGACCUGCCAGACUUCAGCCGACCAAAUUGGAUUUUCUGGAACAACUCUACUAUGGAAUCUUGAGGAGAAAGCUCGAAGACUUGCGGCCUUCUUCCUCUCCAAAGCGUUCUGCCCUGUUUUCAAGAGACUUGCUCCGUUUUUUGUGAACUGGAAGCUGAACAGGAUUCCAAUGGUUGCACCACUUCCCCUAGACCUGGGCAUCAACUUUGACUAUACCCUAACCACAGACAUCCAAGUGACAACUACAAGCCUGGACAUGGCUUUUAAAGGCCAGGCGUACAGGCAGCCACAGCCCCCUCCUGUGGUGGAAAAAGUCAUGGAGCCGGUUUUCAAGGAGAACACCAUGAUGGCUUAUGUGGGCGUCUCUGAAUUUUUCUUCAACUCUGCUGCCAAAUGCCUCUACGAAGCAGGAGCCCUAACGAAAGACCUUGAUAAGAAAAACUCGAAGGCCCUGAAGGCCGUUUUAAGAGUCAAGCAGUUCUUCACACAACCGUGGAACCUGGACAAACCUCUUAAAGCUCAGGUAAAGCUCACCGAAGCGCCAACCAUCAGCCUCACCCAGUGUGACGGUUUCAUCUUCAACAUGAGAGUCAGAGUUAAGGCCAUUGCUCCUGAAACUGAAACGCCCGUCUUCUCCGUGUCCGCGGUUUGCCCCGGCAGCGUGAGGGUUACUAUUGAAGGGAAUCGUCUCACUUUGCCUUCUAAAGACAUCAACUGUCGAAUUGUAACCAGCAAUAAAGUUAGAGACUUUCUGGUAGUUCCUCUGAACAAGAUGAUGAACAAGGAAGCCAAAGAGUUCUUGUCAGGUUGGUUUGGUGACGGAGUUGAGAUUCCUAUUCCUCCAGAAAUUAACUUCAUCCAGGGAAACGUCCAAUAUGAAGAUGGCUACGUAGUGGUGGGAGGAAGCCUGAGCUCUACUCCCGCUGGGAGGCAGAGAUUGGCAGAAAUGGGGAGAAAUGCUGGGAGAUAAACGGCUCAGACCAGAACCUUCCUGUGCAGAACCACAGCUUUGUUCAGAAAUAAAAACAUUCAGCAUCUCA